AUGCGUCUUCACUUGCGCACAUAUCUUGAUAUGAAGAAAUACGGCCCUGUGUUGCGCCACGGCCCAAACAAGCUGAUAUUCAACUCGGCUGAAGCUCUCCAAGACAUAUACAACAAUGAAAAGGUUGGCAAAUCCCGCAUCUACAAUUUGACGGUGAUUUCUGGCAAGCCCAGCAUUUUCAAUGUAUUGGACAAGAGCCAGCACAGGAUCAAGCGAAAGCUCAUUGGGCAGGCCGUUUCAGACAAAGCGAUGCGUGCUUUUGAGCCGACCAUGGCAGAACAGGUCGACAUCUUCAUAGGCCAGCUCACAGAGUGCUCCGAGAAGGAAGUACACACAAACAUGACGGAGCGUUUCAAGUGCCUAGGCAUGGACACUGUCGGUCUCUUGGCCUUUGGGUUUCCCUUGAACAUGCAGACGGACCCAACCUAUCGAUUUGUCAUACGCGGGCUCAAUGUCGGAGGGUACCAGAACCACUGCUUCAUGCAAUAUCCGAUGCUCAAGAAGCUGGGGCUUCACAAGAUCUUGGUUCUUCUUGGCAAGAAGCAGAGGCAGAAGUACUUGGCCAUGCUGCAGCUGAUGAUUGGAAGCCGCCUCGCAGAGGAACCGCAUGCCAAGAAUGAUCUUUAUUCUUCUGUCUUUGAACAUCUCGACAAUACAGCUGAUGGGAUUGCUACCAGCCAGCUAUGGUCUGAAGCCUUGUUUCUGUUUCCAGCGGGUGGCGAUACAACGGCAACCGCUCUUAGCGCACUCUUUUUCUACCUUUCGCGGCACUCUGAUGUGUAUAGCAAACUGGCCCACGAAAUCCGCAGUACCUUUAGCAGUGCCUCGGAAAUCCGCGGGGGCUCGAAGCUCGCCGGUUGCAAGUAUCUGCGUGCCUCUAUUGACGAAGCCCUUCGCAUGUCACCGUCCGUCAGUGGGACGCUCUGGCGGGAGCUGUCCAACAACCAGAAGGAUACCGAACCAUUCAUCGUUGAUGGGCAUGUCAUUCCUCCCGGGACGCAGGUCGGUGUGAGUACCUACUGCCUUCACCACAACGAAAAGUACUUUCCCCAGCCGUUUGAGUUCAGUCCCGAACGUUGGCUCGUCGAGGACGAGGCCGCUCUCAGGCUCAUGAAUUCGGCCUUUUGCCCAUUCUCCAUCGGCGCCCGUGCGUGUGCGGGCAAAGCCAUGGCAUACCUGGAGAUGAGCCUCGUAGUGGCCAAGACUCUCUACAAGUUCGACUUUGACGCACCGCCAGGCGAUCUGGGCAGAGUUGGUGCAGGUGUGGCGGGGAGGAGGGAUGGUCGGGACAAGACGGACGAGUUUCAAUUGUACGAUAUCUUUGCUGCCAUGCACGACGGACCCAACUUGAUAUUCCGCCCUCGGGCAAAUAUCUAG